AGAGACACACAGGUGUCUGACAGCAUGAAGUGUCGGAACAACCGGGCCGACAGCCACCUGACCGGGCAGGUGGAGUUGAACAGCGUAAGCAACGGCGCCUGGGUGAACCAGGGCUACUGUGGCUCACCUCUGCCCCUGCCCCGAGCUGUCAGCACCAUCUACAACCCCCAGCCCAUUGUCCAGGGCUCCAUGGACAGCAUGUACAAACCGGACAUCCCCGGUCCAUUCCCAGAGGAACCACCAUCCACUGGCCAAAGCCUGGUGAAGAAACAAAGAGGCUGCUGCUCUUUUAUCAAAGGCUUGUGGGGGACAACAUUGACUGAAAACACCUCAAACAACAGAGAACUGUUUGUCCGAACCACGCUACGGGAGUUAAUGGUCUAUCUGGUGUUCCUGGUGGAUAUAUGCCUCUUGACAUACGGUAUGACCAGCUCGAGCACCUAUUACUACACUAAAGCCAUGACGGACCUGUUUGUGAACACAGCCGGUAACAGUGGGGUUACGUUUCAGUCCAUUGGCACCAUGGCUGACUUCUGGACCUAUGCCCAGGGCCCAUUGGUGGACAGCCUCUACUGGACUACAUGGUACAAUAACCAGUCCCUGGACAGCGGAGACCAGUCCUUCAUCUACUAUGAGAACAUGCUGCUGGGAGUCCCUAGAAUGAGGCAGAUCAAGAUCAUGAACAACUCCUGCAAGGUCCCCAAAGACUUUAAAGAUGAGAUCACGGGAUGUUUCGAUGUUUACACUGACAAGAAGGAGGAUGAAAUUAGCUUCGGUCUCAUCAAUGGCACCGCCUGGACCUACCACACAGAGAAAGAAAUCAAAGGUUCUUCUUACUGGGGAUUGCUGACCACAUACAGUGGAGCGGGAUACUACCAAGACCUGAGUCGCACCAAAGAGGAGACCGCAAUCAUACUGCAGGAACUGGUGGACAACCUGUGGCUUGACCGAGGAACCAGAGUAGCAUUCAUCGACUUCUCCACUUACAACGCAAACAUUAACAUGUUCUGUGUCAUCAGGUUGGUUGUUGAAUUCCCAGCAACUGGCGGAGCAAUCCCUUCCUACCAGAUAAGAACAGUCAAACUGAUUCGCUACAUCACCAACUGGGAUUACUUUAUCCUCGGCUGUGAGAUGGUCUUCUGUUUAUUCAUUAUUUAUUACGUUGUGGAGGAGAUUCUUGAGCUGCGAAUACACAAGCUCUCCUAUUUCAAAAGCAUCUGGAACAUAUUGGAUGUUGUUGUCAUAAUGCUCGCCAUCGUUGCCAUUGUAUUCAAUAUUUUCCGAACUGUCAAAGUGGACAACUUGCUUGGCAAACUGCUGGAACAACCCGGUAUCUACGCUGACUUUGAAUUUCUGGCCUUCUGGCAAACACAGUACAACAACAUGAAUGCAGUGAACUUGUUCUUUGCGUGGAUCAAGGUUUUCAAGUACAUCAGUUUUAACAAGACCAUGACUCAGCUGUCCUCCACACUGGGACGAUGUGCUAAAGAUAUCUUGGGCUUUGCCAUCAUGUUCUUCAUCGUGUUCUUCGCCUAUGCUCAACUUGGAUAUUUGCUCUUUGGGACAGAGGUUCAAUCUUUCAGCACCUUCGUCAAGUGCAUCUUCACACAGUUCAGAAUUAUUCUUGGAGACUUUGAUUUCGAUGCCAUCGACCGCGCUAAUAGAGUUCUUGGGCCAAUCUACUUUGUCACCUAUGUGUUCUUUGUUUUCUUUGUUCUACUGAACAUGUUUCUGGCCAUCAUAAAUGACACAUAUUCUGAGGUUAAGGAGGAGCUCUCAUCCCAAAAAGAUGAGCUACAGUUUACUGACAUCAUCAAACAGAGCUAUAUGAAGACAUUUACGAAGUUGAAACUUAAAAAGGAGAAAAUAACAGAUGUUCAGAAAGUGCUACAGUCUGGAUCCAGAGACAUUGAAUUCAAGGACUUCAGAGAAACCUUGAAAGAGAUGGGACAUGCUGAUCAUGAAAUUUCUGCAGCCUUCUCACGGUUUGACCAUGAUGGGAACCAAAUUCUAGACAAAGAGGAACAAGCAAGGAUGAAAAUCGAGCUGGAAGAAAAAAGGGACGCUCUUUGUGCUGAACUUAACAAUCUUGGAACGACUUAUGGGAAAGAAGUACUGGAAAAGCCUCCUGUAACAUCCAAUGAGCAGAAGAACCACACUGUUGAUCAGGAACAGUUUCUAAGACUGGCCAGACAGGUUCGUCACCUUGAAAGCUCUGUGGCAGGCAUUACAUCCAGGAUUGAGUUGAUCGUGGAAAAACUGGGAUUACAAGAGAAAACUAAGGGAGACCAAACGGCAAGGAAACUGACUGUAGCCAAUAAUGAUAGUGAUGACGCUGCCUCAGAUGGGAGCGUCCUGGUGUGCGUGGACGGAGGGACCAAGGCUGAGAUGUCAUCAAGGAAACCAGCAGUUUACACCGACUCCACAUACGACUGUCAUAUGUGAUUAACCUCUGAGAAACAGAAUCAUGGGUUAUCUGGAAGUCAGCUGACACACGUCAACAAUGUUUUGUGCUUCACUACUUUCCAAUGUUCAAAGUCUGUUCAAAUCAACGGAUUCUUCGUGGGUGAAACCCACAGUUAGGCAGUCAGAUCAACAAUAAGCUGCUGACAUGACAUGGCACAUAUUCUACACUUUCAGCUGCUUUUCACUUAGUUACUGCCACUCAUUUCAUGGAAAUAUGUAAGUACUGUAUAAAUAUGUUUUUGAAAUUCCUUGCCUUCUAGGUGACACAAGAGCUUAUAUAAUAAACUGGUUUAAGCUCAGAUAUGUUAAACAAUGUACGUUGUAGAUGAGAUUAUUAGUUGUGUAUUAUACAUGUAUUUAAACAAUAUGUAAGAAAAAAUAAAGUUAUGCAAUAUAAUCAAUAUUAUACAGUGCAUAUGCCACCUUACACCUGACUAAGCGAUGUUUGCUUUGCUUUAGUCAUUUAAUGUUUAUGAAUGUUCAGGUUCUAUUACAGCUGCUCAAAAGCUAUCAGCCCCUUGACUUUUAUUUUAAUUUAACCUUUAUUUAUCCAGGUAAGUCGAUUGAGAACAACUUCUCAUUUGCAACG